UCCAUCAUGAGGGACAAAGGCGGAAGCGCUGUAGAUGCAGCAAUUGCAGCUGUGUUGUGUUCAGGAGUAGUCAAUGCACACAGUUGUGGUAUUGGAGGAGGAGCAAUUAUUACAUACUACAAAAGGUUGUAUGUAUAAUGUUUGAUAUUCCAUACUAUAAAUAUUUUGCCCAGAUGCGAUUUAAGACGCUGUAGUGAAAUUAUUAUGUAUUGAUGCAACUUGAUAAUACAAUUUGUUAUGUUACAGUUAUGAUACAUUUGUACGGAAUGAUACAAAUGAAUAUUGUAACUAAAAUAUAUAACUGAUGUUUUCUCCUUUAGAGUUAUGUGAUUGGUGACAUAUUCUGAAUUUCAAAUUUACAAAAGGCGUGUAGCGAUGUCUUUGUUUUAUUGUAAUAACUAGAAAACCUCUUCAGCAGGGCUACCGUAAAAAUUAACUUCGUAAUCCAUUUGCCAGUUUGUUUGUUUAUGUUUGUUUUUGGGUUAAACGCCAUUUUUAAACAGUAUCUCAGUCAUGUGAUGGCGGACAGUUAACCUAACCAGUGCUCCUGGAUAUUGUACCAGUACAAACCUGUCCUCCGCAAGUAACUGCCAACUUUCCUACAUGAAUUGGAGGUGGAAGACGAAUUAUUUCAGACACAAUGUCUUUUAUCAAAUUGUCUCGGAGAGCAUACACUCUGCCCGGGGAUCGCACUCGCGACUCCGCUAUUUGUAAACCAACGCUCCCCCAAGUGAGCUAAGCGGACGGGCUCCGUUUGCCAAUUUGGUCACCAUAAAUCGCAAUUAGUGAUGAAAUCAAAAAGUUAUAUAAUGAUUCUCCUGCGAUAAGGUAUUCCACAGCCAGACUUUUAUGCAGAUCUGAUUUACAACAUCAUAAAAUUCUUGAGUAUUGCUAUUGCCGAUCAUUAUCUAAUAGUACUGAAUUAUCAAAUGUUUUAUUGCUAAAGGCUUUGAUUGCUUUGUUAUUAACACAAUAUUUUGAUGCUCAAUUCUUUAACAACUGGUCUUUACGCUUUCUUUGAUUGUGCGAUAACGAAAAAUAUAUAGGAGCUUGGGGUAGCUAGCACUUAGACUCCCCUCUUUGAACGGACUGGUUUGAUAUUUGACCCUCGUCCUCCUCCGAUGCGCUUGACUACUAUUCCUUUGGUGCUCAGGAUUCUUCAAACUUUUUAAAUAUAUAUCUUUACGUUUCCAUUAUUUUCUGUCUAUAUCUCUUUAUAUGAGGAUAUAAUAUUGUCUAUUUUGUAAUGUUUCUGUGGUAAAUGUUACAUUUGUAAGAGAUUCGCCCGUUUUGUAAUGUAGAUACACGGUAGGGCUUAAAGAUUGCAGUGUAUGCCUGUUUGUUACGUCUGUAUUAAAGGUUUAUGCUUUCGUAUGUGUAAGUGAACAUGUGCUCAUUCACCAUGUACGUGUAUAUUUUGGGCGAUUGCGUUCUUUAAUAAAUUUAUUGUCGCUUUUCUAUUGGACUCUUGUCAUUUGUUUGUAAUUAAGUCUAUGCAUUGAUAGAAAUAAAAAGAUCCUUUAUUGUAGAUAUUAUGCAUUUAAUAAUACAAUUUUACGCAUGUUUUAAAAAUCUAACUAAAAUUAGAAACAAAAGAGAAAAUAAAAAUGUAUUAAAAGAUUAUGUUCAGUUCAACGAAUGUUUCAGUUGUUUUGUUUAAAUACUUUAUUCAAUUUCAUUGACAUUCUAACGACAGUAAUCCGUAAAAGAAAUUAAAGAGCAUAUCAUUUCAUUACCAAACUCCCAACUGCCUGUGGUGGGAUUCGAACUCAGCUCGCUCGGGUGCUAGUUCUAUGCUCGAACUUCUGAGCCAAAAAACCGACUCUCUUAGGCUAUGCGUAAGCGACCGUAACAAUUCCCCUCUUCCAAACGUCAUCAUUUAUGAUGACAUAUAUAGAAAGUGCCAUUUUUGGCACGAGAUGAAGUCCUUCUCAAACCUGAGCCACCAUCUUACGACUUUAAGACAAAAUUGUUUCAAGUUUUCAUUUCGUUUUGUCAAUUAAAUUAUAAAUAACUGUUACCAAUUCAAAAAUGUUUAAAACAUUACUUAUGAGGGAAUUCAUUUAUUUAGUAGGCAUUUGCUGUAAAUGAAGAAUAAAAAUUAUAAGGGCUUUGAUUGAAAUAUGUCAAAGUACAGCGUGUUUAUUUGAGACAUAUUUUUGUUUUCAAAUCUCAAAUAUUACGCAAUACAGGUAAAAAUUUGCCACAUAAAAAGUGUUUCUUUUACAGAUCAACAGGAAACGUAUAUACAGUUAUUGGAAGAGAGCAGUCGCCGGCAGGACUUCAACCUGAUAUGUUUAUAGAUGAUCAUUUAUCGAAACGAGUUGGUCCGUUUUAUAACAUAUAUAUCUCACUGCAAAAAUAAAUGUGGAUUGUCGAUUGGUACACCCGGAGAAAUUUUGUGUUUAUAUGAGGCAUGGAAAUUAGGCGGCCGGUUACCGUGGAAACAAUUAUUUCAGCCAGCAAUUGAUCUAUGUAAGAACGGAGUGACAGUAAGGACAGCUCUUGCAAAUGCUAUAGACGAUAUUGUCAAGGAUGAUCAACUUUGUUUGAAAGAGAAAUAUCCAGAUUUCAUACAUUUCUUGACCAACCCUGAAACUGGAGAAGUAUACAAAAAAGGUGACAUGAUGUACAGGCCGGUUUUUGCUAAAACAUUGGAGACAAUUGCAAACGAAGGACCCGAUUGCUUUUACAAAGGCAGUCUAACGGAUGACAUAAUUGCUGAUAUUAGUGAAAAAAAUGGGAUAAUCUCCAAGGAAGAUCUGGCUAACUACACAGCCCCGACGAAACCACCUAUUUCUUUAAAGCUUAAAGACGAUCUGAUCAUUUAUUCUCCGCCUCUUCCCACAAGUGGUAUUUUGUAUCAGUAUAUACUCGAUUUGUUGAAAGAUUUCAAAUUCGAUGGUUCGAGCGUCUCGACAGCUGGAAAGUCUAUAACCACCUGGCAUAGAAUUACUGAAGCAUUUAAACAUUCUGCGGCCAUUAAACAUCAGCUUGGAGACAAUGAUAUUUGUACAGAAGAAAUUAAGAGGUCUAUUGACGAGAUUUUGAAAAAAGCGAGAAAUGAAGAUUAUGUAAAAACUACACGUGCUCGAAUAAUCGAUACAAAAACAUUUGAUGCGGCUUACUAUGUUUCGCUGAACACUGUGAAGCAGCCCGAAGAUAAUGGUACUUCACACCUUUCAGUACUAGGACCUGAUGGUGAUGCUGUGUCAGUAACGAGCACUGUCAGUAAAUUUUUUGGCUCAAGGGUUGUUGGGACUAGAACUGGAAUUGUCUUCAAUGAUGUUCUGAGAAAUUUUUCAUUACCAAAUGUGAAAGGUAGAUUUGACCACUCUCCAUUAAAUUCAAAUUUUGCAGAACCACUUAGGCGUCCUUUGACAGCAAUGAGUCCCAGCAUAAUUGUUGAUAAAAAUGGUGAUGUAAAACUAGUGAUUGGUGCUUCGGGCGCAACUCGUAUACCUACAUCGAUGGCACUGGUUACUAUGGAAACGUUGUGGUUUAACUGGGGUAUCAAAGAAGCAAUAGACUAUCCACGUAUUCACCACCAAUUGUACCCGCCAAAAAUAUGUUGUCAGCCAGGAUUGCCAAAGCAGCUGAUUAAUGGUCUACAAGAAAAAGGUCAUGCUGUGACGAACAUAAACUCAAACUCCGUUGUACAGGGCAUCCUCAGAACAGGUGACGAAAUAACUGCCUACAGUGAUUAUCGAAAAGAAGGAAAAGCAAGCGGCUUUUAAAGUAUAUAAUUAUCACGCUAAUAAUUAACGCAUCUUGUUAGAAUAAGUGAAGCUUAGUAAGGUUUUCUAUCGGAACAGAAGACGAAUCUACAUUUAGCAGUACGCAAGAACAGAAAGUUUUCUUGUAAGGUAUCUAGUGUUUAUAUGAUAUUCAAACGCAUCAAUAGAAAUGUAUCAUAUAAGUUCAGUUUUGGUGUUAUGUUCAUGCCAUGUUUUAA